AUGGACUCUGCAUCCCCGUACCCAAUCCCACUCCCAAUGGUGCUCCCAUCUCAUUCCCGCACCCCCUCUGCAUCCUCAUCGCUGCGAUCAUCCCCGUCUUUAUAUUACCAGCCCCCCUUCGACGCGUCCUCUAGCACGUCACAACCUAUGCCCCAGAACUUCUCUGCGCAGCCCUUCGAUGCCCAUGCCUCCACCACGUCUCUUCAGAUCUCGACUGGCACCACUAUUCCCCAUACCCACGAGGCCGGCGAGGAGACUGCACACCCUCUCCGACCAGCCGCACAGUCGAGCUUGCAUGCGCCAGAAGCCUCUGCUGAACACCAGGCAGAUCCCUCUCAGACUUCUAUCGCCGACGCUAUGACUAACGGCGCCGGCCCUCACGGUGGCCUUACGCGUUCCCUCACUCACCAGGAGCGCGAGCUUAUCAGCCAUCUCGACCGUCUCAAGUUCUUUCUCGCCACUGCGCCUUCUCGUUGGAGCGCCGAUGGUCCGUCUCCCGUCGAUCCUGCCUCGCUGCCCGUCGGACACCCGAGCUCUGUUCACCCAGCCCUGAACCGCUUCCUGCUCCCCAACUCAGAGUACGUCUCGUGUGUUCUCUGGGGUGGGCUGUACCACAUUACUGGCACCGAUAUUGUCCGAGCGCUGGUCUUUCGCUUCGAGGCUUUUGGGCGGCCUGUGCGGAACAUGAAGAAGUUUGAAGAGGGUGUCUUUAGUGACCUGAGGAACUUGAAGCCUGGAUCUCCAUUUCUUGAUCUCCUGUUCAAGUAUCAGUGCAUUCGCACCCAGAAGAAACAGAAGGUGUUCUAUUGGUUCUCUGUUCCGCACGAUCGCCUCUUCCUCGAUGCGCUCGAGCGCGACCUUAAACGAGAGAAAAUGGGCUUGGAGCCUACCACUGCCGUCGUUGGCGAGCCCGCGUUAUCCUUUACAUAUGACCCUAAGCGGUCUCUGUACGAGCAGUUCAGCAGGUCUCAAGGGAGCACCGACGGCGACGGCGACCUCGAUACCUCCGUUCGUGCCUCCGACGACACAGCCAAUAGUGACAGCGACGCUGACAACACUGCAUCCUCAUCGCAGAAGACGUCCGACAGCGAGACGGCUUCCGAUGCAGACGAGCGCGCCAGAUCUAAGCGCCUCUCAUUAAAAAAGGCGCCCAGUGUGCUCAACGGGCCAAACUCCCCCUUCUUCUCCAUGUUUUCGCUCUUCGAAGGCUCGCCCACAUACAAGCAACGGCGGAAGAAAGUACACAAAAACAGCCGCCGCAGCCCUGGAGAUGGUGCGUUCGGUCACGCUGGGUACGGCUCUUCUGUGCUCCCGCUGUCUGGUCCCGAGACGUACGUCGACGAGUACGGGCGCGUGCAAACUGUGCGUUCAUCACCGGAGGGUCAUUUUGACCGCUUCGGGCGUGACACAGGUCGUAUGAGUGCUGCGGACAUGUUCGUUGCUCAGGCGCGCGGCGAGUUUGGCGGAGCAGCAAACCCGGAUCUCAUUGCGUCGCAGAAGGAAAGACAGCGUCGUGCAAUGGAGAUCGCUCUGGGCCAGCACGUCCGCGUCCCCCACCAUCACCCCAACGGCCUCGCUGGACCCGGAUAUGCGGGCCGCAUGAGCGCACAAGCGCACUACAACCUGCCACUCAACCUGCUCCCAUCGGUAUUGCUCCCCGGGUCGAACAUGCUGAACGCUUCCCCACCGGGUGGGGUCUUCCAGCAAUCCCUCCAGGGCCAGCAGCUCCCUGAACACCACAUCCGACCCCAGCUUCAGUCUCGCCACACGCUCCCGCACGUGAACUUCCAGACAGUCCCCCGGAUUCGCUCACACACAACGUCGCAAGGGCUCGGCUUCAACGGGAGCGAGGCGUGGAGCGGCAUCUCGGAGCAGGCGCCAGUACGCUCGAAGGCGUUCGUAUGCCCGCUGUUCUCAUGUGGGCGCAUGUUCAAGCGCACGGAACACCUCAAGCGGCACCUGCGGACGCACACACUGGAGCGGCCGUAUCAGUGUCAGCAGUGCCAGAAGCGGUUCUCGCGAUCAGACAAUCUCGCGCAACACUAUCGGACGCAUGUGCGCGCGGGCGCUGGCGGUGCGGAAGACAGCUUGGGCGCUGUGAGUGUGGACGCAGGUGGUGACGUGAGCGACGGGCAGCUGGAGACGGAGGAGGACGCACUUGCGCUGGCGGGUGUGGACGACGUGCAGAUGUACGAGGUCGAGGUCGAAGGCCCGGUGCACGAAGUCUCGGGCGACGAGGAAGGCUUGGUGAUGGCCACUACGGUUGGCCCCGCUGUUCCCGUGUCGCUGGGCGGCUUGGAUGGCGUGGAAGACGGGCAGGACGCGUACUUCCAGGGUGACGGCGUGGGUCCGAUCGUCAACAGCUCUCCCGAGCAGACGCCGUUCGUCCGCCCCGACUCGAGUUUAUCAUACUCCAAUGCAGCGACGAACGGAAUCCCGAUCCCAAUGCGCAUGUCCCCGCCAUACCACGACUAUACGACCUCGCUUUCGGCGCCGUCACACAAGGGCUCGUUUGACCAGCCGUCAAUGUACCCGCCCGAGCUGGACGUGGGCGGAACAGGGCCGAUCCGGCGGCACAGGAGCGUGACGCCGUCGGUGUCGCGCUUCGGAGACUCGAUCAGGCGGCCAUUCUCUACUGCGGUCUCGGAGCACGGAGCGCCAACGCGGUCAUAUCACCCAUAUGCGGUGCCCGGACACCACCACUCGGCCGAGUCGAGUCCGCUAGCGUACAACAUUCCGCUGAGCUACAGCCCGGCCAACUCGAUCGGAUCAUCCAGCUCGCGGUCGCACUCACGGUCGAGCUCGAGCAGCCAGCUGCAGGAUCAAAUGCAGCAGAUGCUGUCGCUAGACCAGCUGGCAGCGGAGCAGCAGGCGCAGGCGUUCCUCCGGGAUCAAAUGGGGCACCACGGACAAGGCCAAGGCCAGGGUUACCCCGAGUCACAGAUGGGGUACUCGACUGCGACGGCGGCAGCAGCGGGAAGCUACGAGUUGAUGUCUAGCGCUAACAGCGGCGGCGCAGGAAGCCAAGUGCCGGGUUACGAGAUGUACUCGCAAGUGGGCGACGCAACGGUAUACGACUCGCACGCGCACGGGUCUGGGUUUUCGGCGCUCGCGCACCACCAGAUCCCGCUGUGA